CGGUACAUCGCUAAGAGCUUAUAAGCAAAUCAUAACAAGAUAAAGCAGAAUGCCGCUUAAAUUUGAGGAAAUACACGACAAAAUAGAAAGUGGCAUCUACAAACUGACUGUUAAUAGCAAAAGCACGCGAAGCACUGUUUGGCGGGUAUAUCGUAAAAUCGAGAAGGACGAUGGUAGCUUUCUUGAGGAUGUAUUAUUCUGCACUGGCUGCAAAAGCGUCAUGUCCUUUACCCACAAAUCGACGACAAACUUAAGGCGGCACAGGUGCCACCGGCAGUAUCUCAAGAAACAAGCUUUAUAUGGGUACACUUUUCAAGGGGAAUCACAAGAGCGGCGGGUCGCGCUGGAGACCAAAGAAGACCUGCAGUCCGUGUCGGAUGAGAUGGAAAGAAAACCCACAGUCGCCGAGGUAGCAGCCUUUGUGGCCGGAGUGGCCGGUAGUGGGGAUUCCCCCGUAGUUUCACGUGCAUUGCAACACCCGGAUAUUCCCGAGGUUGCACUUCCCCACGAUAUUAGUGGGGCGGAGGAGUCAAAUAUUUAUGCCCAGACCUGGUCUCUUGAGUACCGCAAAUUGAGCGAGGAUCAGAAAUUCUAUGCCAAAAAAGCAAUAGACGAAAUCCUCGUCUUGGGCCGACUUCGGCGCCUGACAUUAAAUACGGUGUCAACGGCAGAAUAAGUAUUUAUAGCUAGACAAAGUAAACCUAAGUUUAAGCUAAACGAAAUACACUUGUCAAGGAAAUUGAGAUAGUAAUUAAUAAACAGCUAAAUAAUUA